AUGGUGAACUUUACCUUGAUGCCAGUUUUAUUCUGCACAAUGAGUUGGAUCUCUUCCUCGGUCACACAGUUUUACACAGCGGAGGUUCAGCCUGGUCGAGAAGUCACACUGAAGUGCUCCAAUUUCAGCAGAUAUCUCUCCCACAUAUUUUGGUUUAAAAUGGCCAGCAGUCCCAAUGCCAGCUGCAUCUCAGCUAUGUCCAGCUCGGAUAGCAACGUUUCUUUCUGUGAUGGAUUUAAAAAAAGCAAAUUUCACAUGACAUCCAACACCUCUAUGUUAUUUCUUGAGAUCAAACAAGUGAAUUCUUCUGACUCUGCGCUUUAUUUCUGUGGGGAGAAACAGUCAGAUGGAAAGACAAUCAUCUCAAGUGGAACAUAUUUAAAAGUUCAAGACGUGGCUGAUGGAUUAACAUAUGAACAAAUGAUGACUGUGAUCCUGGGCAAUUUAACUGUUUUCCUUCUGCUGGUCAUCGUUAGUCUGGCUGUUAAAAUCAGGAGAUUUCAUACAGCUCAAGAUGAUCCACAGAAUGCACAACAGAGUGAGAAUGUGGAUUCUGAUGCCAUGACCUAUACAUCAGUGAGUUUCCAUCCCAAAGCUAAAAUCAGAAGGCCUGAACCACCGAGGGAGCUGGAGCCUAAUGUUGUGUACGCUGCUACGAGAUAG